AUGCAAACUGUUUCGUUCGGCAAUGUGCCGGUCAUGUUUACAGGCCGUGCAGUCGGCGGCCUAGGCGUCGGCGCUGCGAGCAUGCUGGUCCCGCUAUACAUUAGUGAGGUUGCCCCGCCGCAAAUUCGAGGACGACUGGUCGGCAUCUACGAGAUUGGUGUCCAGGCCGGUACCUGUAUUGGAUUCUGGAUCAACUACGGCGUACAGGUCAACAUGAAGCCAAGCGUUGCUCAAUGGAUGACACCGUUUGCGAUCCAGCUGAUUCCCGGCGGCUGCCUGAUCAUUGGCAUGUUCUUUCUCCCAGACUCACCUAGGUGGUAUGCUCGAUUCAAGGGUCGCAUGGUCGCUACUCCUGUGCUGGCCAAGCUGAGGAAUCUUCCCGAGGACCACGAGUACAUCAACGAAGAGAUGACAAACAUCAUCAACCAGAUCGAACACGAACGCCACAGCACUUCUGGACAGAAGGGCCUCAUCGCAGAGUUUAAGGAACUCUCUCGCCCUGGCAACAGGAACAGAAUCGCUAUCGGAGUGACCAUCUUCAUCUUCAUGCAAAUGGCAGGGUCCAACGCCAUCAACUUCUACUCCCCACGCAUCUUCAAGUCACUGGGUGUGACAGGCACCAACACAGGACUCUACGCUACUGGCAUCUACGGCAUCGUCCGCUUCAUUGCUGUCUGCAUUGCCAUGCUCUUCGUUGUCGACAAGUUUGGCCGCACCAAGAUGCUCAUCGGCGGCUCGGCACUCAUGAGCGCCUGCAUGUGGUACAUUGGCGGGUACGGUCUCGUCGCCAAGCCCGAGGCGGCAAAGGGACAUAUCUCAGGCGGAGGCUAUGCUGCCAUUACGCUCAUCUACGUCUACGCGAUCGGUUUCUGCUUCUCAUGGGCUGGCGUGCCCUGGAUCUACUGCUCGGAGAUCUUCCCACUACGCAUCCGCAGCAUCUCAGUGGCCAUUUGCACUGCUACCCACUGGCUCAUGAACUUUGUCAUCGCCAGGAGCGUGCCAUACAUGAUCACAAACAUCGGAGGCGGGACCUAUUUCGUGUUUGCCAGCUUCCUGGUCGCGGCGAUACUGUUUGUGUACUUCUUUGUACCCGAGACGAAGGGUCUUAGUCUCGAGGCGAUGGACUCAUUAUUCAGUCCCGGCCUCGUGAACCAAAUCAACGCUGCAGAUGAGGAGAAGGCCGUGGCUGAGACGGUUGAGCAGGCGGAAAAGCGAUGA